AUGGCUGAUAAUGAGAAAGAGGUGGGGGAGGGAACCACCCCCCGAGGGGCGGACUGGGAAGUUGUGACUCUCACAGCAUCUGCGUAUGAAGCGGCGCCAGGGCCUGUCGGAAUGGAAGUAAAGCCUGUUAAUGAAGAUCAAGAGUGUAGUUCAUCCAAUGAACUGCCCAGGCCUGACCACUUUGUGUUUCCGCCGAGUGAGCACGAGAACCUGCCAAUACAAACCAGUUUUGAUGAGAUACAGCCUGAGAAGGAUGUGCAGAAGCCUAGUACCAGUGUGGAGGAUUAUAGUGUCAAGAAUGAUGUUGGGUCUGAGAGAGUUCAGUUCGAUGAUGAAGGGAAACACCUCUCAGAUGAUGAUGUGGAGAUGAGAGAUGACACGCCUGGGUACGGUUCAUCUCACGCUGAAGAUGAUGCACAUGGUUUUGUUUCCCAUGAUGAUGGCAAUGAGUCUGGUGAAGAUUUUGAUGAAAAAUCAGGCCACCCUUCAGAGCCCGCAGACAGCAAGAGCUGUGAUACUGGUGCCUCAUGCAAAUGUUGGUUGAAGAAGCAUAUGACAUGCCUGUAUAACCAAGCAAAAGAAACAAAUGCUAUCUGGUCUGUGGUGGUUGCAGCUGCACUAGUUGGGAUUGUGAUUUUGGGACGUUGGCACAAAAAUAAAUUGCACCUUAACCAGCUUAAGUGGCGCUCUGGCUCAACAGUAAGUUCUGGCUGA